AUGAGCACACUUGCUUCAAAGGUUGACCCUACGGGCAACAACUCAUCGUCGCCGGCUUGCCUGGUCAACCAAGGACCCAGACUCAGUGUCAGAUAUCUCGUCCUCAUUCUUAUCUGUGCCGCUUCUGCAUCGCUAUUCAGCCUCAACUUCAGCACCAUACACACCACAGACUCAGCACCCGAAUGGCAGGACAACAUCUGGCCGUACCGCGAACAGGAACCCUGGGAUAUAUCCACCGACUUUCCAUAUCCACGACUGCUCGAGUACGAUGUUGAGGAGGGGACCUGGUUGCGUUUGGAUGUGCAUCCUACGACGGGGGAUAUCGUCUUUGACAUGCUUGGAGACGUGUACUGUAUCCCUGGUGACGAGCAGGAUCGUCACAGUGUGGCGAGGGCCCGUCCUGUCCUACUUGGUGUUCCCUACGAUUCGGACCCCCAUUUUUCUCCAGAGGGCGACAGGAUUGUGUUUCGCAGUGAUGCAGGGUUAGGAGUAGAGAAUAUCUGGGUCAUGGCCUGGUGUGGGUGCCAUGAGAUGGACGUCAGGCCGACGGUAGCGUUGCCCCGUAUCCUCGACGAGCAAUCUAAUCGCCUGAAACGUGAGGGCAGGCUUGGAGCGAGGCGUGUAACGAAUGAGACAUUUCGCUGGGUUUCCGAUGCAAGAUUCCAUCCUUCGGGCAACAAGAUAAUCGCAUCCAAAUGGUAUACUUCAAAAAUCACUCUGUCUGCGUCGGAAGGGUGGGAGUACGAUGUCCCGUCGCUCUCAGACGAACCCCAGAAACCGAUCAGGCCGCAGAGUGGCCGUCGUAUCCUGGGCAGGACUCUUCCUGCUGGUAUGACAGUGGACGACUAUGAUAAUCAACAGAUAGGUCCUGAGCAAUUCCUUUGGAGGAGCAACGAUACUCUCAUUUACGCCAAAAACGUCCAAGACUCAUAUAUUAUUUCCGUAGGCAAAGACAUACAUAAGGGCGUUUACUCCAUUUUUUCACUCAAUGUGACCAGUGGAGAGGAGGAGACCCUUGUUGAUGCUUUUCCUGGUGGUGCCAGCCGACCCCAGCUAUCUCGGGAUGGACGAACCCUCGCAUUUGUACGACGAGUAAGAAAUCAUGAAGUUCUUGUCCUGAAGGACCUUGACACCGGUACCAUUCACCACGUCUUCGACGGCCUAACGUAUGAUCUAAGCUCAGUUUGGGCACCAAUGGGAACAUAUCCUUCCUUUGCGUUUACUCCUACCGAUGACGCUAUUAUCAUCUGGGGAGCAGGUCAAAUACAUCGUGUUCCUUUGGCUAGCAACCGGUACGGGGAACGGGUCACUGGUGGAACUCCUUAUCCUAUCCGAUUCCGCGCUCAUGUCGAGAUGCAAAUGGCAGAAACUAUCAGAGGUGGCGUGGAUCUGCUUUCUUUAGAAACUCAGGAUAGCAUGAGGGUGCAUGCUUUCAAGGAGCUCCAUAUAGACGACUCUGGGGGACGAGCUGUUUUUCAAGCCGCUGGAGUGACCGUUGUCCAGCCUAUAGGAAGCAGGGAUGUGAUCUCAGUACCUGUUCUUCACGGCGACCACCCGUACUACUCGCCCUCUUUCGUUUCUGGUUCUAGCGAUCUAAUCGCCCACUGCCGUUGGUCAGACACUGGCUUUUCCUCAUUCGAAAUCGCUGAUCUGUCAUCGGGAAUCGCGUACGAAAUCGAAGGAUUGCCCCUAGGACGAUACCUUGUUCCCGCUAUUUCGCCGGGUACGAGCAGACAUCGAAAGAUUGCAUUUGUAAAGACUGCUGGAGAUUCGUUGACAGGGUCGAUCGUAGCCACUGCGCGCCCGGGGCUUUACUUUGCUGACCUAACGUUACCUCUCAGCGGAGAACAUGAUAAUGUUCUGUUGUAUAAUCUACAAUUCAUCCCUUCAAACAUUGAUUUCAGUGACCGUGUAAUCAGUCUGCAGUUCUUUGACCAAGAUCAGCUUCUAGUUGAAGAAUCCGGACGUGCUUUCACCAUUGAUGCUUCCAAUGCUUACACGCAGCGGGUCCUGGCAUCCGGGAAAAAGUCAAAUAAAGUUUCGGUUUCAGCGAACAACUUGGUGGCUUUUGUCGAAUUCCAGCAUGUGUACUUCGCCCGUGGUAGUGAUGUCCAGCCUGGUGAACAACUCUGGGCGAAGCCGGGAAACGCUACGCGGGGUUUGGCGAGGCUAAGUCUUCAUGGUGGGCACGACAUCGCGUGGAGUGGGAAUGGGCAGAAAUUAUUUUGGUUCUCUGGCCCUACACUUUUUUCGCUGGAAGUCACCCGUCUAAAGCAAUGUAUUUCCAAUAUCAAAAGCGACUUGUCGACUUUUGGUAUCGGAUGCGUGAAGGAUCUUGUCGAAUCACAAGAAAUUUUCGUCGAGCAUUCCACGGACAUCGCACGUCUGAAGGACGAGGCCAAGGCUUCAGGGUCGUCGGGUGUCGUGGCAGUAUACAAUGCGACGCUUCUCACGAUGGAAACUGGGCUCGUCGAGAACGAUCUCAUCAGGGAAGGAGUCAUGUUGGUAAAGGACGGGAUAAUCCAAGCUAUCGGCCCUAUUAGUGAUAUUCACAUUCCCGAAGAUGCCGUCAAGUUUAAUGUUAAUCAGGGAUUUGUCAUACCUGGUUUUAUAGACGUUCAUUCCCACUGGGGAGGCUAUAUCGUCCCUUUCCCUGCCAAUUCAUGGGAAAUGCAAAACUUCCUUGCCUAUGGCAUAACGACGAUGCACAAGUGGAAAAACAGCCCCAGCUCGGAUACUGUGGCAGCCUUCAUAGAGCGCAGUCGAUUAGAGAGUGGGCAAUUCAUCGGGCCUCGGAUCUUGACUACGGGGUCUGUUCUUUUUGGUGGGGGAUGGGUGGGGUUGCAUGAAGAGAUUGCGAAUCUGGAUGAAGCAGUAUCUGCGCUGACGAGGAUCAAGGCUGAAGCCGGGCCUGUGAGCUUGUCGUAUAAGAAUUAUCAGCUGCCCUCGCGUGCUUCUCGUCAACGGCUGUUGAAAACGGCUCGUGAUAUGGGCCUGCUUUGUAUGGUCAGAGGCCUUCUUAUUUCCUGGCUGGAUUUGGCUGACUCGGUUGUCUCCGUUUUGUAUGAUGAUGUGCUUACGCUGUGGUCACAAAGCGGUACAGGAUCUACGCCUACACAUAUCGUCAAUUAUGGAGGUGUUUUUGGAGAGCAGUAUGUUUGGGCCACUGAAGACAUUCCGAACGACCCAAAGCUGAGACAGUUCUCGCGGCACGAUAUUUUGGAAGGAUUACAUGAAUCAACAGCGCGGCCAUUAACCUCAUAUGCUCUAUUCAACGUUUCAAUAUCCACGGCUAAAAUGGUGAGAACAGGCCUAAGGAUGCAUAUUGGGGCACACGGGGAGAAACCGCUGGGAUUCAAUUACCAUGAGGAAAUGGCAUUUACGAAGCAUGGAGGUCUGACAAAUUACGAGGUUCUUCAGGCAGCAACUUCAUCGGCGGCAAUCACAUUUGGAUUGUUCAGCUCAGUUGGCUCAUUGUCUACGGGAAAAUUGGCGGACUUUCUUGUAUAUCCUCCAGACGUGGAUUUACUUGACGGGCCUAUACAAGGCACGAGAGAACUGAUGUACGUUGCUCGGGGAGGCAGGAUAUGGGAGGCGUAUACCAUGAUAGAACAAUGGCCGGUGAAAGGUAGAGUCCAAGCCAUGCCUCCGUAUAACCCUGAUGCAGUGUAA